ACAUCCGCAUGAAACUGGAAAGGACUUACAUGUAGCUGCUCCUCCACCUGGUUACGAGCACUAGCCGUUCCCGCCUUCGCCCAGCCCAAACCCACAUGGUUUCUGAUUAGCACCAUUGCCUUACUUUGCAUACAAUGUCGGCGGGCAUUAUGACCUCCGAGAGGCUAGCCCUCAUAGCACGGGUGACGGCAGUCCUGUUCCUAGUCAGCUUGUUGCUUCCGGUUGCCUCGGCCACAUUCACCAUACAGAGAUGUUGCACCCUCGCGGUCCGAGACGAGUUGGAGAAAUACUGGUCCGAGACGAACGGGUUUUACCCGUGGGAAGUCUGCAACUUCGGCGGGGAUUUCGAUUCCAUCGCCAACGAGACGCUUCCUUCCGUCAUGAAACCAAUGUCUUGGGCCAAGGUGCACUGUCGCGGGACCCAAUACAGCAACCUCCGCCAGUGGCUGGUACCCCUGGCGACGUACAUCUCCCCCUACAUUGGCAUUCUCCUUCUCUGUCCGGUCGGCAAGGAAGAGCCCGAUGAUCACAUUCAACGGCGACCCCUGAUGAAGAUAUUGCACAAGGUUCGGAAAACUGUCCAGGAAUACAUCAGCAUCCUCGGUGACCCGGCGAGUGCCGUCUGGGGCGCCGUACACGAGGUGAUCUCAGACACCAGAGCCUUGUACCGCGUCUCGCGCCGCCCCGUCACGCAACAAAGACCCGUGUGGAUUGCUGCCCUUGCCGGGGCGCUGAGGUUCUCUGACCGGAGGAGCAACCUAGGUCAACUUCAGUCAAAACCCGUCCAGACCGAGAGGGACAACCUUCUCCUCAAGAAAGACAACUCCAAGUCCGCCCAAGCAGUGGUUACGGUCUCCAGCCCUAUUAGCACCGUGGCUACCACCACCAGCACCAACACGAACAACAAAAACGAUAGCAGCAGGCCAGGCGAUCCCUGGUCCGAGGAAGAUGUCGAUAAGGCCAUCAGCCUGAUCAUGGUCGCACGCCCGAGUUUCGCGCAUUCCAUCUUGAUCCCCGUCGUGCUGAUGCUCGCUGUCAUGGCCGCCACCUUUUACGACGCCUACGCCAAAAAAGGCGACAAGGACACGGGCCUGGCCCUGGCCUACACGGUGUGGUUCUCAUGGAUCCUGGUCGUAGGCGUCGCGGGCAACUGCUUCGCCACGGCUCUAAACCCGGAACUUGCCUGGCGGGCGUUUGGGCAAGGGACCCAAAUCCCCGUUGCCUCUGGCGGGCUGCCGGCCGUGGUGGCGCUCCGGGGCCGGUAUGUGAACAGCCAGUUCUGGGGCGACUGGGUGGAGCGGCAGCAGCAGCAGGGUCCCGACGACAACAACAACUCCAAGGAUGUUGGCGGUGACUCUGAGGUUGAGGGGGCCUUUGCGUGCAAGCUGCGGUCCGACGCCUGGUUCUGGCUGCGCUACUGCGGCUGGCAGUUCGCGGGGUGGGCUUGCGUCGCCGUUGCUUCCGGGGGUGCAGCUGGCAUAGCCUACAUGACGCCCACCGUGGGACUUGGGUGCCGGUCCUUCAACUUUGUGCUGUACGCCAUCAUCGCCUUCGUGAACGCCUACCUCCACGUUGUGUGCUCGUGGCUCUCGGUGCGGGAGAAAUCGCAGCUUCCCGAGGAAAAAUCUCAAGUUGAAGAGGAAGGAAAAGGCGGCGUGAUGGAGGCGAUCAGCAGGGCGUUAGGGCUCAAGGCUAUCAAGGCUAAAGGGGUAACGCCUGAGGUUGUCAUUCGAUCCAUUUAUUGGUUUCUCACCUUUGGCAACUCGCUGGUUAUGGUUCUGGGCACGCUGUUCCAUCUGGUCGGUGUCUUCCGCACCUGCUGGUGCGACCGCCUCACGUGGAACGAUGACACCAUGAUUGAGCUCAACAGCAAGACGCCCGAGGCGGUCGAGAAUGCGGGCAGAUACUGGAUAUCGACUGCUUAUGUCGUCUUCAGCAUCAUGACCCUCAUUUGCCUUGCGGCGAUUGUGAUGCGGCAGAUCAUCAUUCAGAGUAUGGAACAAUGGUUUCAGCAACGUGAGGAGUAGGAUGAAAAUUGGGAUUUGAAGAAGUGACGAGAAGGAGGUUUGGAGAAUUUCAGCGUGCCAAGUGGCAACGCACGCUCUUUCCUUCUUAAUUCCUGUCGUUGGCAGUUGAGCAAUGGAUGAUGUUCUCGGGACUCAGCAGGCGCAAUACGGUACUUUAGUAAGGGAAGGAAAGCACGGUCGGUUUAAGCAAGUCGGGGAAAGGGGACUUGGAACCUUGAAAACAG